ACAACACCCUUCACCAACUCGCCAAAAUGACGAAAGGAACCUCGUGAGUUUUCCAAGAUCAGAGACCCAAUCUCUGCGAGAGCAGAAAAGGCUAACAAUUCUACAGUUCGUUCGGAAAGCGCCAUGUCAGUUGACCCCCCUCAUCUCCUGUCUGAGAAAAUGAAAACAAGGCUACCGCUACCUCAUUCUCGACCAAUGGCUGCUCUAAGCAAACUUCGCUGUGGGGUUCGUGGGACUGACUUUACUCUCCGCAUAGAACAAAUCACACACUUUGUGCCGUCGCUGUGGUCGGCGUUCCUUCCACAUCCAGAAGCACACCUGUGCAUCCUGCGGAUACCCCGCCGCCAAAGUUAGGAAGUGUGCGUCUUCCUCCUCUAUGCUCUCCACAUUUCCAGCUAUCUAACGAGUACUCGUGGAUGUAAUACAGACAACUGGUCCGAGAAGGCAAAGAGAAGAAAGACUACCGGUACCGGCCGCAUGAGAUACCUCAAGACCGUCUCCCGCAGGUUUAGCAAUCGAUUCCAGCUCGGCACUCCCAAAGGCGCCCGUGGCCCCCAGAGCACCGCAGCGGAUACAGUCGAAUAAAUAAAAACAGACCUCUUAUUUUCCACUUUGUCGUUGCGUUUUGUCCGUUAUUUUUAUCCGGGUUACAGGUUCUGUGUAAAGGGAUGAGUGAUUUUCUCUGCGGAACGGGGUGUUAAAAAGGGAACGACAUGAAAUUAAAAAUAAAAUUGGCGCUUGUUACCACU